CAUGGCGCUGUGUGGCGGCGGCGCGGCGGAGCGCGGGCGGCGGCGGCGGCGGGCGGCGUGACCCCGCCGGGGGGCGGCCGCGCUGCAUGGAGCCGGGGGCCGGCCGGCAUGGAGGGCGUCCUGUACAAGUGGACCAACUAUCUGAGCGGCUGGCAGCCUCGGUGGUUCCUUCUCUGUGGUGGCAUCCUGUCCUACUAUGACUCUCAGGAAGAUGCCUGGAAGGGUUGUAAGGGAAGCAUCCAAAUGGCUGUUUGUGAAAUUCAAGUUCAUCCUGCAGAUAACACACGAAUGGACCUGAUUAUCCCAGGGGAGCAGUACUUCUAUCUGAAGGCAAGAAAUGCAGUUGAAAGGCAGAAGUGGCUGGUUGCACUAGGAACUGCCAAAGCCUGUCUGACUGAUAGCAGGACACAGAAGGAAAAAGAGUUCACUGAAAACACAGAAGCCUUGAAGACUAAAAUGUCUGAACUUAGACUGUACUGUAACCUCCUUGUUCAGCAAGUGCAUAAAACAAAGGAAGCCAGCAUUUCUGGUGUGUCAGAACCAGAGAGUGAGAUUGAUAUGGGAGCUCUGUUGAAAUCAACCUGCGACACUUUUCUGAAGACUCUUGAAGAAUGUAUGCAGAUUGCAAAUACUGCCUUCACUUCUGAGUUACUGCAUCAGACCCCACCUGGAUCCCCAAAUUUAGCAGUUCUCAGAACAAGCAAGGUAAAGCACUCUGUCUUGUCCAGUCACACCUCAACAGAAAGGCAGGUGGAAUUGAACCCCUGUGAAAAUGGCUGUGUAAAAGCAGAAAUUAACCAUCAAGAGCAAGCAGUUAUUAAAAGCAUGGAAUGUUUAAACUUGGAAACAAAUGAGGGGACUGGUGAUGUCUGUGUUGAAGAUCAUGUAGCAAAGGAUUUGGCAGGCAUUAAAGCCGAUGGAGAGGACAAGCUGCAAACUGUAGAAAGCUGUGGUGCCCACAAGUUGCUGCAGUCAGAAACAAAUUCUUUAGGUGGAUUGACUCUGUGUGAGGAAGAAAGAAAUGAAAAUGAUUCUCCUACCUUCUUCAGUGUCAUGAGCAAUAGGUUCAGUGAUAUUGAGCUUCGGGAGGAGGAGGGCAUACCAACAGAGGAGUUCCUGGAGUCAUGUUAUGCAAUUGUGCCAGUUCUGGACAAGCUGGGACCAACUGUUUUUGCUCCAGUUAAGAUGGAUUUUGUAGGCAACAUUAAGAAAAUAAACCAGAAAUUUAUAACCAACAAAGAAGAGUUUGAUACCCUUCAGAAGAUUGUGCUCCAUGAAGUGAAUGAAGGUGUAGCACAAGUUAGAAACUCUGCUACGGAGGCUCUCCUGUGGCUGAAAAGAGGUUUAAAAUUCUUGAAAGGGUUUUUAACGGAAGUGAAGAAUGGAGAAAAGAAUAUCCAAACAGCUCUGAACAAUGCUUAUGGAAAGACAUUACGGCAGCACCAUGGUUGGGUUGUCCGCGGGGUCUUUGCAUUAGCUUUAAGGGCAGCUCCAACAUAUGAAGAUUUUGUGGCAGCUCUGUCUGUAGAUGAAUGCGAUCCUCAGGAAGAAACAUUUUACAAAGGAAUGCAGAGGGACCUCAGCAUUUACUUACCAGCCAUGGAAAAACAGCUAAAUAUCUUGGACACUCUGUAUGAAGUCCAUGGUUUGGAGUCAGAUGAGGUGGUAUGACUACAGCAAGACCACAUCUUAAAAAUUCAGGGACUGUGUCUGUUAACAAAGAUUUCUUUCUUUUUGGUUUUGGGACAUCAUUUCUGUUCAUUGUAUCUUUUCAGGUGGGAAGGGUGUUGAGUGUUUUGGGGGAAGGGUAUUUGUGAUUUUUAUCUUUCCAUUGCUUGUAUUGCAUUUAAAUGCAGAGGUACUGUCUCUCUUUGGAUCGUAGCUAUGUCCGUGAUGAAUUUUUUUUUUACUGUUUGUCUUCUGCCUGUGCACCUCUUCUUCUCUUCACCUCAUAAAAGUAACAGAGCAGAAUUUGGCCUUUGCUUCUGUACCUGAGGAGAGACCUGCUCAUGCCGCAGAGCUGUUGGGUCACCAGCAUGGCACCCAGGCAGGUGCUGCUGCCUCUGACUCCCAUUCCCUGUGCUCACUCCCUGCCAUGGUGUAGGAGGAUAGUGAGAGUUAUUGUUACUCUGGUAGCAGCUAAAGGACAGCUAGCAGAAGGACAGCUUAAUACUAGCUUAUAAUGUGGUGAGUUUGUCCCUCAGUUUGUGUUGAAGCUCUUUAAUGCAAAUAAUAUAUUUGCAUGACAUAAAUAUUUAUUUAUUUAAAUAAACAUUUUAAUCCAAAUAUUAUGGAGAUCUUUGCCACAGGUGUAUGUGGCUGGUGGUCUGAGUGGCCCCAAGGUCUAGCCUUUGAAACAGGAUGUUGUGUUUCCCUGACCAGCUCCCAAUACAUGCUAUGGCUUCCCUGCCAGCUCCUGCUAGUGGGCCACAGAUUUGCUGGCACAGACUCAGCCCAGCUAAUUUCAGCAGUACUUUACACAAGCAUUUGAGGAUCACAUCCAUCAUCCUGGCUUAUUAAGGUUUAGGAUGGUUUUUCUGUUUUAGGUUUUAGGGGUUUCUUGAAUCAGAUGCGUGUAAAACUGCAGUAUUUGCUUUUAAGUUGAAUAUAGCUAUCAGUUUGGAAAGCUGGUAUCAUUAAAAUCCUUCCUAGACUGUCAUUAUGUCAUGAAGUCAUUCACUUCAUGAAAGUGGACAUGGAAUGAGUAAAGUAUAGGGGAAGCUAAAAUUUGUAAUGGAGCUGUUAAACACAGGACCAAUUACAAAUCUUGAAUUUUGAAAUUCUUUAGAAGUGACUAAAAAUUAAGAACUAUUUCCCCUUUUUCCCAUUUUGCUGAUACAGAUAAAAGUAUAUUCCUUAGUAUUGCUGCUAUUGGAAAUAAUGAAGAAGUCCUUUUAGCUAGUGGUAUGGUUAGGGACAAAAUUUCUAGUUGCGUUGAUGACCAACCAGAAAGCUGGCUGUGAGCUGCUGACUCCAAUUCAAGGCAUAAACAGGUCUCGCUGUGUUGACCUAGGGCUUUGUACAAAGAGCUGAGUUUAACUCGCGUGCAGGAGGGGAGAAGACUGUGCUAGUAAGGGACUUAGGAUUAGUAAGUUUUCAUAAAUACAGAAGGCAGUGUUGCCAUACUCGCAGAAGUAGUGCUGGCUUUUGCUAGGCUAAAACCAGUGUUUUUAGUAAAAUGAAUGUACUUCAGACCUGCUGCCCUGCAUUGCUCUGUGACAGGAGCCUCUGCACACUUAAUACUUGAUCCUUUCUAAGGAGCCUAGCAUUGUGAGCUUUAAGAAAAGCAUGUGAUACUUGAAAAAAAGGCCAACAUCAAGCUUACUGUAUAGAUACCAGGAGUCUAAUUAGACAUUCAUAGUCAUAGAAUAUGCUGUGUUGGAAGAGACCCCAGGGAUCGGGAUCAUAAAGCCUAACUCCUGGCCCUGCACAGGACACCGCAAAAUUCCCACGAUGUGCCUGAGAGCAUUGUCCAAAAGCUACUUGAACUCAGAUGGGCUUGGUGCUGUAACUAUUUCCCUGGGGAGCCUAUUCUAGUGUCCUGUCAACCUCUGGGUGAAAACCCUGACUGAACUGUGUGUAAUUUCCUUGAGUCCUGUCAUUGGUCACAAGAGUGAGGAGAUCAGUGUCUGUUCCUCUGCUUCCCCUUGUGAGGAUGUUGAGGACCACAGUGAGGUCUCCCUUCAGUCUCCUCCAGGCCGAACAGACCAAGUGACCUCCUCAUGAGGCUUCCUCUCCAGGCGCUUCACCAUCCUCAUGGCCCUCCUUUGGAUACUCUCUGACAGCUUAAUGGUUUUUUUAUAUUGUUGCACCCAAAGCUGCCCCCAGCACUGGAGGUGAGGCUGCCCCAGUGCAGAGCAGAGCAGGA